UUCAAUCCGUCGCUCACUUGUGACUUGGGUGAUCCUCUUUUUCGAAAUCUUCGUUCUCCGCUCUUGUUUAUUUUUGUGGGUACGUUCUGUGGUUCUGUAUCGCGUAAAGUUUUCAGCUUUUUCGGGGUAGGAGGCGAACUGGAUGGUGAAUUGGGAAAAAAGAGAUGGAUCGAUCAAUUGGGUUUUCACUCACUAGUUGUAAGUUUCCUCCUUCGUGCUUUGACGGUGAGUAAUUGCCGGAGCAAUGGACAAAAGACCAGCUGUUAAGAAAGCUAGGCGCCAUGACUCGAAGAACAAUGACAGUAGCUGCAACCGAUUGGGUGAUCUACCUGAUGCACUGCUCCAACACAUCCUUGGUUUUCUUCCUUUAAAAGAUGUUGUGAGAACAAGUGCAUUGUCGAGAAGGUGGGAGUCCUUGUGGGCGUCGGUCCCUAAUCUCUACUUCAAUGAGUUAGAGUUCCCUGAUAGAUUGUGUUUCUUGGGCUUUGUGGAGAGAGCAUUGUUGCUUCGUGAUUCAUCCCCUCUGAAAUCUUUCUCUCUACUGUGUUUUGUUGAUCGAGAGGCAUCUCGCAUAAAUUCUUGGAUAUGCACUGCCAUGAGGUGCAAGGUUCAGAAUCUUCGAGUGUGCCUUUGGUUGCCAUCUGAGCCAGAUAUCAAUUUUGUGUUUCCUUCAUGCACGUUUAGGAGCGAAACCUUGACAGAAUUCUAUCUAGACAUGCACAAUUAUGCCAGACUUCCUCCUUCCAUUUGUCUUCCAAAGCUAAAGAUCUUAACUCUCGUGGGAGUUACUUUUGAGGAUGAUGGGUCAAUCGAAAAGCUGUUUUCAGUUCCUUCCCUCCAGAAGUUGACUCUUCUGGAUUGCAUCUGGUCUCAUCUGAAAGCUCUGAAUAUUUCUGCUCCGAAGCUUGGAAGUUUGUACAUUACGGAAAAGGUAGUUUCUACAGAUAUCAUAAACAACUGCCCAGUAUUGAUCAAUGCACCUAAUCUCCUGUACUUUUACUAUACUGGUGGGUUCUUCUCCAAGUAUGCCAUAUAUGGCGCAUCCGUGCUAGUUCAGGCUCUUGUGGGAGUGCAUGGUCCGGUCGAGGGAAUUUCUGACCAAUUUGGUUCCCACGGAUAUAAGCUUUUAAAGGAUCUAUCUUCUGUAAAACAUCUUACUGUGACUUACAACAUCCUUGAGGUGUUCAAUGUGAGAAAGGAUUUCCUUGACUCCUUCCCAGUCUUCUCUUGCCUCCUAGUCUUGGCAUUCAACUUGGAUCGCGUGAAGUUAGAUUCUAAAGCACUUCUUGCAAUGCUCAGCAACUCUUCUUGUUUGAUCAGCAUUAGCUUUGGCGGGGGCUUGGUUGUGGACUCCGAAAAAGAUGAAGGGAUAUUGGACCCGGCGCCUCAGUGUUUCAUGUCGUCACUCAAGUUCAUCACAAUUUGCAAAUUUGAUGCCACUGAUGACCAACUCUUAGCCGUGAGUAUCAUGCUUAGGGCCGCUAAAGUUUUGGAUAGGAUAUGCAUAAAGUGCUCAGAGCAUUGGUCGGAGAAUUUUUCAGGGAACCUUUUGCAACACAUUAUGGAGCUUCCUAGGAGUUCAGAUCAAUGUACUAUUUCGCUAGUCACCUAGAACUUUUAGUGCAUUCGGUUCAGUAGUUGCAUUGUUUACUCACCUAGGACUUCUUGAGGGAUUGUAGUUAUCUAUGUUUUGUAUUAUAAUCUGGCAAUGUUCUUUUCAUAGAGAUAAGCGACAGAUCAUUUUUUA